UGUUGUGAUUGGUGUUUGGGAAAUGUCCCGCCCCUUACCAUAACCGCCAGUUUCAACACACUACUAACUAACUCAAGCAGGCCCCGCCCCUUUAUUCUGAGUAUGAAUUAUUUAAAUGAGGAAUAUUCGUUCCGGAAGCUGGAGGUAAAGGGAAUUAUGAUACAUGUUCGUCCUUCAAUCAACAGUGUUUAAAAGCUUCCCAGGAUGAAGCUCAAAUAGAGAGCGUGUAUAAAAGAGCGUGUAAUUAGCAUUUGUGUUGAUUCUGAGGUAAAGUUGGCAUGAAAUGAACAUUCACCCUGCCAUUUUUUUUUCUAAAAUGCAUGUUAUUGUGAACAAUUCACCUGUGCCGGUUUCAUUUUUUAAAAAUGUUUUGUAAUAAUCGAAAUCGUCAGACUUCUCCUAAACCCCGCCCCCUUCAAGCGCACGCUCUUCUGCAUACAAGCCACGCCCACAACAUCCAGUCAACAACCGAUGCAUGGAACCAAGAUCCCGCCUUAUAUUUAUUCUUUUUGGAUCAGAAGUAAGUCACAAUAUCUUUAAAGAUUGUGAUGAAGUGGUACUUCAAAAAUACUAUGGUGUUAGUGUCAAAACAACAUUGUAUUACCGCGAUAUCGCGCACGUUUAUUAUUGCGUGCUAUUGCGUGCUAUUCAAAAUGAUUGCGUCUCAAAAAUCAAUAUUAAUACAAUGCCAUAAACAACAUCAAACUGAAUAUUUCAAUGAGUAUCAGGUGUGUGUCAGUAUUACAUGACCGAAGCCAUCCGUGGACACUUUCAUUGUUAUUAUAACCCAUAUUGAUGAUUUGAGAUGAGGAUUUAUUGAUAUAAAUGAUCAAUAUUUAUUAUUAAUAUGAUUAACAGAGCUUCGAAAUGCACAUUAUUUCACACCAGUGCCAACUGAUGCAAUUCAUUUUACAGAAGGCCAAACAAAUGACAAUAUCGCAAGAAUGCUCUUUUACAUUUCUUUCAUUUUGUACUAUAUUGUUUUUCCUGAUUUUUUUCUUAAUGUCCAUCAGAUGAUUUUUUUUUUUCCAUUAAUUUAAAUGUGAUAAAUGCUUUAAUAUCAUCAAUAUAAUGACCUGUCAGGAAGCUCACAGGAUCAGUGACUGUUUUAUGUCAUUUUAUGAACAGAGAAUUAUGCUAAUGACUAGAUUUGUUGACAAUAAAAACCCUAAACACCACAAUUCUCAUGUCAUUUCUUACUUAAUCUAUAUAUGAUCUCAUGCACAAUUACUCAUUUAAAAUAUGUGACAUUAACAACAAAAGGGCUAGUUUUACUCAAAAGACUCAGAAUUAACCAAAAUUAUUUAAAUACUGAAAGUUUUAAACUAUUGAAACCAUCAUACAAAAUAAACUCGAAAAACAGACUCAAAAAAACUCUAGUUACUGGGUAAAGAGUCUGUGACAACUAGACCCGAGCCUCUGAUUGGUUCCCUCGCCUGUCCAUCAAAGAGCGCACGGGAGCGUGUUUGGCGCGCGCAGUGACAGCUGUCAUUGGUCGCGAGGCGGCGGAGCGGGUGCACGAGAGGAGGAAAAUCAUCAAAUACACUCGUUUACGUCGUGUGCAGUAAUGGCCGCUGGCUCCGGCUCCAUAAGGAUUCUCAUUAAAGGUGGGCGUGUCGUUAACGAUGACGUCACUCAGGAGGCGGACGUCUACAUCGAGAACGGGGUCGUCCAGCAGGUGGGGCGCGAGCUGAUGAUCCCGGGCGGGGCGAAGGUGAUUGACGCGUCCGGUAAGCUGGUGAUACCCGGCGGCAUCGACACCAGCGUUCACCUGCAGCAGACCUUCAUGAACGCCACGACGCAGGACGACUUCUACAGCGGAACCAAGGCGGCGCUGUUGGGCGGCACGACUAUGGUGAUCGCUCACGUGCUUCCAGAGAGAGACACAUCGCUGCUGGAGGCCUUUGAGAAGUGCCGCACUCACGCCGAUGCCAAGACCUGCUGUGAUUACGCACUGCACAUGGGCGUCACCUGGUGGGGGCCGAAGGUGCGGAGGGAGAUGGAGGUGUUGGUUUCAGAGAGAGGCGUCAACUCCUUCCAGAUGUUCAUGGCGUAUAAAGAUCUGAUGAUGCUGAAGGACUCGGAGCUCUACCAGGCGCUGCACAGCUGUAAAGAGAUCGGAGCCGUCGCCCGCGUCCACGCCGAGAACGGAGAACUGGUGCUGGAGGGGGCAAAAGAGGCGUUGGAUCUGGGCAUCAGCGGUCCUGAGGGGAUGGAGAUCAGUCGGCCGGAGGAGUUGGAGGCAGAGGCCACACACCGAGCCAUAACCAUCGGAAACAGGGCUCACUGUCCAGUGUACUUGGUGAACGUGUCCAGCAUCUCUGCAGCCGACGUCAUCGCCGCAGCCCGAAUACAAGGUAAGGUGGUUCACGCAGAGACGACCGUGGCUCACUCGGUGCUGAGCGGGAUGCAGUAUUAUCAUCAGGACUGGGCGCACGCCGCCGCUCAUGUCAUAGCCCCGCCCCUCCGGCUCGACCCCAACACCCCCGACUACCUGAUUGGCCUGCUGGGCAAUGACAUCAUAAACGUGGUGGCGUCAGAUCACCGUGCGUUCAGCACGAAGCAGAAGGCUCUGGGAAAAGAGGACUUCACCAAGAUCCCUCACGGGGCGUCCGGCGUGGAGGAUCGCAUGAGCGUCAUGUGGGAGAGAGGAGUGGUUGGCGGCAAGAUGGAUGAGAACCGCUUUGUGGCCGUGACGAGCUCGAAUGCUGCUAAAAUCUAUAAUCUCUAUCCCCGGAAGGGACGCAUCAUGCCAGGAGCCGACGCUGAUGUGGUGGUGUGGGACCCGGACGCCACCCGGACGAUCUCUGCGAGCUCUCAGGUUCAGGGUGGAGACUUUAACCUGUACGAGAACCAGCGCUGUUACGGCGUCCCUCUGGUGACCAUCAGCCGCGGGCGACUGGUGUGUGAGAACGGCGUGUUCACGGCCGCUCAGGGCUCCGGGAAGUUCUACCCUAUGCGAGCCUUUCCUGACUUCCUCUACAAGAAGAUGAUUCAGAGAGAAAAGACUCAGAAUCUGCGCAGGGUGGAUCGAGCGCCAUAUUCGGGCGAUGUUGUCACGGUAACCAACUCCAGCAGGAAGGAAUCGGCCACUCCAGAGGGUGACGUUCCCAUGCGGGCGGCCGCCAGACACGCAGGCGUACGAGACCUGCACGAGUCCAGCUUCAGCCUGUCAGGUGCUCAAGUGGACGAUCACAUUCCCAAGAGAUCCUCUGCUAGAAUUCUGGCUCCGCCUGGUGGACGAUCCAGUGGCAUCUGGUAACCGCUGAACUGUGCAAAAUGAUUAAAUAAUUAGAUGUGUCCAAACUUUGAACUGGUAUUGUACAUACAGAUGUUUCUAUCAUUAUUCAGUCGCGUUCUGUCAGUUCUCCGGAUCACAUGAUGUUGCCAAAAGAGAAAUGAACACGAGGAGGAAAACUAUUAUUAUUCAGUAUUAAAAGUGACGACAUGAUGAGUUCACAAAAUUAUAUGUAUUUUAUAGUUUGCACAUUCACAGAUUGACAGUCAGUGUAAAGCAAACCAAGUGUGUUUUUCCCACCAGAUUAAAAAGAGUCACAUGCACAUACUGAACUUAGUGUUUGUGUUUAUAGUGAUGCCCACAUAUGAUUAAAGUGUCUGUGAAAUAUCUAUAUUUUACAUAUAUAUUUAUAGAAAAUUGUUUGUUGUUAGUUAUGUUGGUCUUGAUUGUGUAAUAAUGAAAUAUCUAAAGCGUCAGUGACUGAUGUUACCCCAGCUGUUGGAAAUGUUAAAGGGUUAGUUCACCCAGAAAUGAAAAUUCAGUCAUCAUUUACUCACCCUCAUUGAAUGAACCUCAUUAUUUCUUGUGGAAGCUCAAACGUGCUGCGUAACACGAGAAUGAACCUCA